UAUUUUCCUGUUCACAGGUGAAUAAGGAUUUUAAAAAAGUGGGGUGUCCAAAGAGAGUAUUUUUUAGCAGACUCCCAUGGCCGUGGGAACAUGGCCAAUGUGUUGAAUAGCCAGGAUGAUGAAGCGACCUUGGAUAAGCUAUUCCCUCGCUGCAAACCUCGACGAAGGCCGCAUCCUCGCAUGAACAAUAACGACGAAUCCCAACGAGAUCGGAACGCGAAGAUGAACGAGGAGGAAUCGACGUCGCCGUGCGACGAAUCGCCACCCGAGCUGUCGCUGAGCGACAGGGAGAAGAAGCUAGUGGAGGCCGGAGCCAAGGAAGUGUUCUCCCACAGUCGGAUGCAGAAUCACCGCAAGCGAUACAGCGACGAAUGGUCAAAGAAGGUGAAGCACCUGAACCCGGGGACGGGGACUGGGAACGAAGCCUGGAAGCGACACAGCGGGGAAGUGACGUACGAGGCGGAAUCUGGUCGAUACGAUUUCCACUCGGACGAUUACCUGGCUUGGCUGACUCAGGCACAACGGUUCCGGCGUGGCUUGAGCCAAGGGAUAGACUUUGACAUCCCAAACCACAGGGCCGAACCACCCAUAGCUCUCAAGGAAACGAUAUUCUCCAGCGAGAUUAGAACCCUACAUAACGAGUACCGGGGGGACGAUCGAGAGGCCUUUCUACUCGAGGGGAUCAACAGUCUGUCAGGGGCGACGGUGAAGAACCUCGCAGAAUCCCUCGAUCACUCUCCCACUGCCAAGGACGUGGAUAUGGACGGUACGUCGAGUGUGAAAGUGGCUCGGGUCAUCGGGAACGUUCCCAUAGCGGAGUACGAAGGGUCUCCGCGAAAAUACGGACGGCAAGGGCAGGUUCAGGUUCAGGGGGGGCGGGAUGCCGGGUCCCUUUUAGACAACUCCCCGACUCAUGCCUUAUUGCCUGGCCCCACGCUGACACCCUUGACCAACUGCAAGCCGGGCUUCCCUCGCAGGGUCAACCAGGAUCCCGAUAACGCUACACAUAUCAGUGGGAGCUUGUUAUCGCUCGAGGGAUUAUCAAAGGACAAUGAGCUCCUGUACGAGUUCAGCGAGACAAGGAAAGUCCUCGACGAGUUCUUCGGCCGCUCUUCCGCCUCCUCUUCCAAUUUCGUGGAAUUGGAAUAUCAAUUGAGGCGGAAUGAGGGUGUCUCCCCGAGGAAACAGCGGAAAGUCCUCAAUGGGGGAGAGUCCUCAAGUUCCAACACUCUGGCGGCGAGUGAUCCCUUGAGGCCCAAUUCCUCCUUGUCUUCCACUUCCAUGGACCAAGAAACCACGUCUGAGGACCUUGGAGAAACUGAAGUGGGACUUCAGGUGGACCAGAGUAGGAACUUCACCUUAUCACCGGACACAACAGAAUGUGAUCCCAGUGAACUGGACAGUGAAUUGAGCUAUGAAUGUGGGUCAAUGCAAUCGGGGAGUAAGAUUGGGAUUGGGAUGCCAAUCCUGGCAGAUGGGCUGUCGUCAGGUCAUGCAUCAGAUGAGGAGCCUGGGAACCCCCUGGAAGAAUCUCCAACCCGGCUGGCCAUUCGGAAGCAGGUUACAGCCUUGGAACAAGAGGCCAAGCAGGCCCGAGGAUGCAGCCAAACCUCAUAUGAUGAUGAUGAUACUGAAAUGGAAGCCAUGGACCUGGAUCCUUUAGGUCCAAGAAUUGCCCCUAUGUACCAAGGGAUCCUGGGAACAGCAGUGCAGGUGCCUCCUCCUGCUCCACACCCUCAUCGAGGUAAUCAGGCUAUUGAGUCUGUCUUGAGGGAUAUCAAGGAUGCCAUGAAGCAGGUCCACCCUCUUCAUCAUUCUCCUACUCAUCAAGAGGAUGAAGAUGAUCCUGUCUGGAUUCCAAGAAUGGGAGGUGAGGAUGAUGAGGGAGAUGCCUUGAAGAAAGAUUCACCUGAUGAUGAAGACCUGGAUACAGAUCAGGAAACAGAUCGACUGUUGGGGCAGCAAAGGGGGGAAGAUGCUGGAUUUGAUGAUGACAAGGUGUUGGGGAUAGGAAAGAGCAGGACUCCUGCAGUGAAACAGGCAAAUUCCACUGGUGUUGCCUCUAUCUCCACUUCCUUCAUCAACUCCAAUGCAAAAAACCGAGCAUCAAAGGAAAAGGAAGUUCCAGGGAAGAAGAAGGGGAAGUCCAAAGAAGGCUUUCUGCAUGACCCUGCAGUGCUGAUAGAGGGAGUGUUGUUCAGAGCCCGGUAUCUUGGGUCAACACAGCUUGUCUGUGAGGGACAGCCAACCAAGUCAACUCGGAUGAUCCAGGCAGAGGAAGCUGUCUCUCGAAUCAAGGUCAGCAUUAAAAUUUUCAAAAGUGAAAAUGAUUGGAAAGUGGCUGUGUUUUUUUUUCAGGCUCCAGAUGGAGAGUCCCAGCCAAGCACAGAGGUGGACCUCUUCAUCUCUACUGAAAAAAUCAUGGUGCUCAACACUGAUCUCAAGGAAAUCAUGAUGGAUCACGCCCUGAGGAGCAUAUCAUACAUUGCCGACAUUGGAGACUUGGUGGUACUGAUGGCUCGUCGAAGGAUCACCAAUUUUGGUGGGGAGAGUGGGAUUGCCAAAACACCAAAGAUGAUCUGCCAUGUCUUCGAGAGUGAAGAGGCCCAGUUCAUCGCACAAAGCAUAGGGCAGGCAUUUCAAGUGGCUUACUUGGAAUUCCUGAAGGCAAAUGGGAUCGAGGAUCACAAUUUUGUACGGGACAUGGAUUAUCAGGAAGUUCUCAAUUCCCAGGAAAUCUUUGGGGAUGAGCUCCAAAUGUUUGCCAAGAAAGAGAAUCAGAAAGAGGUGAUAGUGCCUAAGGGGAAAGGAGAGAUCUUAGGAGUAGUGGUGGUGGAGAGUGGUUGGGGCUCCAUGCUUCCAACUGUGGUCAUCGCCAACAUGUGCCCGAAUGGCCCGGCUGCUCGUUGCGGUCACCUCAACAUCGGCGACCAGAUCAUCACCAUCAAUGGGGUCAGCCUCGUCGGGCUCCCGCUCUCCACGUGCCAACAGUAUAUCAAGAACGCCAAGAAUCAAACUGUGGUGAAACUGACUGUGGUCCCUUGUCCACCGGUCGUGGAAGUAAAAAUCAAGCGCCCCGAUACCAAGUAUCAGCUGGGCUUUUCUGUUCAGAAUGGAGUGAUCUGCAGCCUUUUGCGAGGGGGGAUCGCAGAGCGUGGUGGGGUUCGCGUCGGACAUCGAAUCAUCGAGAUCAACAACCAGAGCGUUGUGGCUGUGCCUCAUGAGCGCAUUGUGAAUCUCCUUGCCACCUCGGUUGGAGAGUUGAAGCGGAAAUCCCCAGAAGGGAAAGAGGCGGAAAGAAGCCUCCUCCUCUUUGCCCUCCUCGGUCAGUCUCGUCUUUCCUCUCGUCUCGUCCGGGUCGCUCCGCUUUUCUUCUCGAUCAAAAUGAUGGAUGGAGGAGAGCUUAUAACGCCCAGCACCUUGCUGCAUGAGGAAGAGAAAUGGAAAACGAACCUGGCCCGCCUUCACAGCAAGAUUAGCCCCAUGGUCGGACGACCGAAGCCCAUCGAUCUAAUAGUGAAGUACGUCGGGUUGGGUGGAGAUGCAGGGGACACCGAGAUGGACGUGCCGUAUCGCCAGCUCGAGGGACUGAGCGUCGAGGAGCUGGAGGAGCUCAGGCAAGAUAUUGAGGUGUACAAGAAACUCGAUAAGUGGAACAACGCGAGAUUUUGGACGGACAUGGCCAUCAUAACGGAAGGUGAGCUGAUGAAGCGGGCACCGCCGUCGAGGAACAAAUCCUCGGGAGCCCAAGAGGUCGAUGGGGAAGCUCAGGCUUUCCUGUUCAAUGUGCUGAUGGCCCGUGCUCGACUUCAGGAGCGCCACCGAGCCAGACUCAACGAGCUGCCUCAGACGAAGAAAGAGCAAAUACCGAACGGCAAUGCGUGGAACGGAGUGAUAAAGAACACUUUUUUCUCCCCGCCUUCUCCCUCCAAGACUCCAUUUCUGAAAAAAGUGGGAGAGGAAAAAGCUGAAAUAAGGUAG